AUGGACGACUUCAAUGAUGCAACCCACCGGUUCCUGGCUUGGUUCAAGGCCGGUGGUGGCAAAUUCCAAGACGACUUGCUCGAAAUACAAGACCUGAGAGCUAGGGAUGCGGGUCGUGGGAUAAUCGCAAGAAAGGAUAUACCGGAAGACACGACGCUAUUUACUAUACCUAGAGACUUGAUCAUUAGUGUUCAGACGUCUGAACUUCCUCAGAAACUACCAAAAAUCUUUGAUACUCUUACUGAUGGUGAAGCCGAUGAUGAGAAAGAACCACUCGACUCAUGGACAUCUCUCAUAUUGGUCAUGAUGUACGAGUACCUACAGGGCGAUGCAUCGAAGUGGAAGCCCUAUCUCGACGUUCUACCAACGGCUUUCGAUACUCCCAUCUUCUGGUCCGAGUCGGAACUGAAAGAGCUGCAGGGGACUUGUCUAUCAACAGAAAAGAUCGGGAAGGAACAAAGUGAUGAUAUGCUACGAUCACAAGUUGUACCCGUCGUUCAGCAGAACCUCGAAGUCUUCUAUCCUGACGGAGCCCGUAAGUUGAGCGAUGAAGAACUCCUUGGACUUGCGCAUCGCAUGGGUAGCACCAUCAUGUCGUACGCGUUUGACCUUGCCAACGAGCACGAAGAGGAAGAUGAGGAAGAAGAUGGUUGGGUUGAAGACCGAGAAGGCACGACGCCUCUUGGGAUGGUACCAAUGGCAGACAUACUCAAUGCCAAUGCCGAGUUCAAUGCGCAUGUGAACCACGGCGACAGCCUUGAAGUCACGUCCCUCCGAUCAUCACUGCCAGCUGGGUCCGAGGUCUUGAACUACUAUGGUCCCUUGCCGACAUCCGAGCUACUUCGUCGCUAUGGAUAUGUGACACCUGAACACCACCGAUAUGAUGUAGCCGAACUACCAUGGAGCCUUGUUCGCCAAGCGCUCAUCCAAGAGCUUGAAAUCCCUGAGGAGGUUGUUGCAAAGAUUGAGGAAAAACUAGAGGAGAACGAGGAGCUGGAAGAAUAUUUCAUCAUCGAACGCGAUUCCGGCGAACCGAACUCAGAAGGUCAGCUAACGCAUGUAGCCCAACUCCGGGAGGUUUCGCAAGAGCUGGAAGAACAAUUGAAGACUGUUCUCAAAGCUAUCAAAAAGCACAGCCCCGAACUCAUCCCGGAGAAGCGGAAGCGGGAGGAUAUCUUCAAAACUCUUGUAACGAAGGCUUUGACCGCCAAGCUAGCGCAAUAUCUGACAUCCGUGGAGGAGGACGAGAAGCUGCUGAAGGAAGACAGCCUGGAGAAGAGGUGUCGCAUGGCUAUUGAGGUCAGAUUAGGCGAGAAGAGACUGCUUCGGGAAGCAUUAGCUUUGCUAGAUGGUAGCCAGGAGAAUACCGAGGAGCAGGCUGGGAAGAAGGCGAGGCAAAGGGAAUGA